AUGUAUUCGAAAAUUGGAAGAACUCAAGAUGCUGUCUUGGUGUUCGAAGAAAUGCCCAUGAGAGAUGCAGUAUCAUACAAUACGAUGAUCAAUGGUUUUGGGUCAAAUGGGUUUUAUGAGGAGGUGAUGAUGGUUUUUUAUCAGAUACUCAAGUCGGGUUUCUUACCAAAUAUGGAAUCUGUUUCCCAUGCAAUCAUGGCUUGUGGUGAACUGAAGUGCAUGUCAAUGGGGUUGUUGAUUCAUUGUUUUGUGAUUCAAAAAGGCUUUUACUCGGAUGUUGCCAUUGUUAAUUCAUUGAUUUCGAUGUAUGUUAAAGCAGGUAGGCUUGAGAUAGGGCGUCAUAUUUUUUAUGAAAUGCAAAAGAGAGAUCUAGUAUCUUGGAAUUCGUUGAUCACCGGGUAUGCACGGAAUGGUGAUUGGUUUGAAGCAGUUGACCUUUUCUUAACCAUGCAGAAGGUUGAAAGUUUUACUCCAAGUCCAGUGACCUUCUUGGGUUUGGUAAUAGCUUGUGGGCAGGCUAGAAAUCUUUAUAUGGGGGAGAGUAUACAUGGCUUGUUGAUCCACAUGGGCCUGUUAUCUGAUUUUCGGUUAGGAACCUCAAUUGUUGACAUGUAUUCGAAAUGUGGGAGAGUUGAUUGUGCUCGAAGCAUAUUUGACGUUGACUUGUCGGAAAGAAGCUUGGUUUCAUGGAAUUCACUGAUUGCAGGGUAUUCACAGAAUGGGUAUGAUUAUGAUGCAGUGUUGCUGUUUGAACAGAUGCUAUUAGACACACAUGUUAAGCCUGAUUCAAUCACCAUUGCUAAUGUUAUUCCUGCAUAUGCAAGCUUAGCAGACCUGAGAAGCGUUAGUACAGUCCAUGGAAUUGUUAUCAAGAGAGGUCUUGAGUUGGAAAGUGAUACUGUUUUGGGCACUGCAAUGGUUGAUGCAUAUGGCAAGUGUUUAGAUAUUGAAUCUGCUACCUCUUUGUUUGCCUCCAUGCGGAAAUUCAAUGUUGCUACUUGGAAUGCAUUGAUUUCAGGGUACAAUCUGAGCCAGCAUGCUAACUGGGGCUUAUCACUUUUUCUUGAAAUGCUUCAGAGUGAGGUCUUGCCAGAUUCAAUCACCAUGGUGAUGCUGUUUCAAUCAUGUGGUGUAUUUGGAUCUCUAAAACAAGGAAGUAUGCUUCAUUGCCAUUGCCUUUCUAGAGGUUUUGAUUCACAUAUCACUGUUGGGAAUGCCAUUAUAGACAUGUACAUGAGAUUUGGGGGUGUAACUACUUCAGUGGUGCUUUUCAACAUUAUGCCUUCAAAGAAUGUAAUCACAUGGAACACAAUGCUUUGUGGAUAUGUCAAGAAUGGUCUAUCAACCCUGGCACUGAAAUUGUUUCACCAAAUGCAGUUGGAAAACCAUCCUAAAGUGGACCCAGUCACAAUGAUCUCCAUUAUUCAGGCCUCUACUACCAUUUCAGCUGGUCAAGGUGCUGAAAUGAUGCAUGGUUUUGCUUUGAAAAUUGGCUUUGACUCGGACACUAUGGUUGGCAAUUCAUUGGUUGAUGCUUAUGCAAAGAAUGGUUUUAUAGUCAAUGCAAGGUCCUUGUUUGAGCAGAUGGGUCGGUCAAGAGAUCAAAGUUCCUGGAACACGAUGAUUGCAGGUUGUGGAGUGAAUGGACAAGGAGAAGAGGCUUGUUCACUCCUCUUUCAAAUGGAAGAAGAUGGCUUUAAACCGAAUCCAAUCACUUUUAUAUCUUUACUGUCUUCUUGCAGUCACUCGGGCCUUGUCAAGGAGGGGUGCAGCUAUUUUUAUUUGAUGAUGACAAAAUAUGGAAUCCAGCCAUCUUUAGAGCAUUGGACAUGCAUUAUUGAUAUGUUUGGACGGGCUGGGAGACUAGAAGAAGCAUAUCAGUUGAUUAAAUAUGGGUUUCAGUGUAAUCUCUUAUCAGAUUGUGAUGCCAUCUGGGGAGCCCUCUUGAGCUCCUGUAGGGAAAAUAUGAAUAUGGAACUUGGAACACUCGCAGCGGAACAGCUUUCCAGACUGGCUCCACAAAACUGUGGGUAUUACACAUUGCUAUCAAAUUUGUAUGCCUCUGUGAAUAGAUGGGAUGAAGCAGAGAAGGUGAGAAGAGUGUUUGACAAUGGGAAACUAGUGAAGAAACCAGUGUUCUUCCUCUUGGAUAGAUUGCUCAUGGAGCCAAAUUUUCAGGCUUCCAACUAUGUAGGACUAAAGAAUACCAUAUUCUUGACUCUUCACUUGUAG